AUGGCCCCCUCCGACUCUGAGUCCGACUCGUACGACCCCAAGUUCUACACCGACCGACCGAUCGAAGACCAGCUCGAAACAGGCCUAGUACACACGGACGAAUGUAAUGCGGCUCGUGCUGAGGUCCUCGCGGACUAUGAGCGGAGGCUUUCGCCUCUUCCAGAGUCCUGUACCGGCACCUUGCUCGAGACCUGUCGCAACUGGGAUCGUAACUUGGACGGCCGAGACCCUACGUUGCACUAUGGGUUCUUCUUGACAUACGAUGAAGAAGAAGAGAUCGCGUCCAAACUCCUCGACGAGGGCCGCAUUGCGGAGGACCCGCACGCUCAUUGCACAAUCCUGGUCAGCGAUUAUCUCAACGACAGAUUGAACGAAAUCCUCGGCCAGGAUCCCGACGAACCCGACCUCGAUUUUCGGGAUGAGCUGACUGUGUCGACGCACAAAGAUCAUGACGUGUUCACCUUAUACACGACCGGUGCCGGAUGCGGCACGAUGCCGGACGACAUCGAGAAAGCUGUACGUCACUUCAAGGAAAUCGCUCCGCAACGGGAGCCGAUGUGGUACUUUGACCUGGACACGUACUCCCCUUCCCUAUUCAAAUUCAAACCUUUCAAGGCAGAGAAGGUGGUUGGUCCUGGGCUGGCUCCAUUCCUGCGCAGCGCCGACGACCAGUGA